CUGUAUAGCGGAGUGCGGUGCGGAGUGCCCGGUGUCGGGUCAUGCUAUUCGUUCUGUAUGGGCUGUGCGGGGAGCAGCGCGGUGAGAGGACCGGAGACUGGACGGAACAAGAGGACAAUGCAUCUGACCGAGCCUGCAGGGGGUGAGCGUCACAUCUUUCAAGAGAAAGGUCUGAGAAAGAAGCGGCUGUGUGCCGCCUGCAGUGAGCCUGUCGUGUCCCAAGGCAGCGUCUGCAAAGUAUGCAAGAUUAUAAGUCAUAAAAGAUGUGAAGGAAAGGUUCCUCCAUGUUGCUCCAAUCCUCCCCCUCCUGACAUGAGGAGAAGAACUGCUCCGGGGCCCAGCAUCCAGCACAUGGGGUCCACAAAAUCUAUCAGUGUGAAACAACGGAGCUCCCUGCCAAGGAGUUUCAGCCUGGACCACGUAAUGCAGCGCAAUUAUGACCUAGAUCUAACAUAUAUAACAGAGCGUAUCAUUAGUGUCUUCUUCCCCAUAAACCUGGAGGAACAGCGAUACCAAAGCAACCUGCGAGAAGUGGCUAGCAUGCUAAGAUCCAAACAUGAGGACAAAUACUUGCUUUUUAACUUAUCAAAGAAAAGACAUGAUAUCCGCAAGCUCAACCCAAAGGUUCAGGAUUUCUUCUGGCCAGACUGCCACGCACCUCCACUAGAUGUCAUCUGUUCUAUCUGUAAAUCCAUAGAGGCCUGGCUGAACUCAGAUCCUCAACACGUUGUGGUUCUUCACUGCAAGGGAAAUCAGGGGAAGAUAGGAGUAGUCAUAGCAUCCUACAUGCACUACAGCAAGAUAUCUGCGAGUGUGGAUCAGGCUCUUAGCACUCUGGCCAUGAGAAAGUUUUGUGAAGAUAAGGUCUCUUCAGCACUUCAUCCAUCCCAGCGCAGAUAUAUCAAUUAUUUUGGAGGUUUGCUGUCUAGUACCAUAAAGAUCAGCAGUGAUAUGUUGUCCCUGCAGUGUGUGUUACUGCCAGUCAUUCCUGCACUGCAAACAGAUGGAGUAUUCUGCCCCUUUCUGAAGAUCUACCAGUCCAUGCAGCUGGUCUACACCUCUGGAAUCUACCUUGCAGAUGGAGCAAGUCAGAGACGACAGCUGUGCAUAAGUCUGGAGCCAGCCUUGCUGCUUAAAGGUGAUAUCAUGGUGAAAUGUUACCACAAGCUUUGCAAGCCCCAUGAGAGAGAAGUGCUCUUCAGACUUCAGUUCCAUACAUGCACCAUUCACAACACACAUCUGUGCUUCAGUAAGGACCAGCUGGACUGCGCUUGCACAGAUGGAAGAUUCCCAGAAGAUGCAGCUGUUGAGUUAAUCUUUUCUUCUGCACAGGAUAAGGCAAAAGGGCGAGAUGUAGUCCGGAAGGAUCCCAGCAUUUCGGUUGAUUAUGACAUCACUGAUCCAUUAGUCCGUUAUGACUCCUAUGAGAACCUCAACGUUAACCAUGAGGACAGCCUGGAGGAUCUUAAUCAUACUCGUGGCCCAUUGGAUGGAAGUCUGUAUGCCCGAGUGAAGAAGAAGACAACACCAUUGACAUCUACUAAUGGAAGUCCUGAGCAACAUGGACGUCUUUUGUCUGUCAGCAGUGACUCCGGCCAUUCUUCAGCUGCUACAGAAAGGUUUGAGGAGACUCCACAAAAAAUAUUACCAACAGCUGCUGAGAGACAAGACUUGGAGAAACUUCUGGGUGGUUUUGGAGUCAGUGUAAAGCAGGAGGCUGAGCCCCAGUACUCUCAGGUUCUCAGACGUGAGGAAGUGGUAACUACAAAUGCACACCAGAAGCAGAAUUUCGAAGGAAGACUUCAAGAUGUACAAUAUCAGGUUAAUCAUGGAGUGCCAAGCCAGAACAUUCAGCCAAAAAUAAAUGGAGAAUCAAAACUUCAGUAUUCCCCUCCGUGGUCUGCAAUGUCUGAUGAAGGAGCAUCUCAAAGUUUACCUUUAACGCCCCCAUCCUGGGAAGAACAGAGGGAAUCACCUUGUGAAAAUCCUUGGGAGGGCCAGGCAGAUCGUGAGACAGCCAUUCUAGAAGAAGAAAUGGGACAGAUUGGUGGCUUAGCUAUCUACCCAGGAAGAAGGUCUUUAUUAUCUAGACACUGCUCUUGUAGAUCGGGAUAUGCAGGUCCCAGUAUUGAGGGGCCUCCUAACAGGCCCUACUUCAGAUCAGAUGGAAUCUUUGAUUCCCGUGGUCCACCAGGAACAAGUGCUGUACUGCAAGGUGUUCACUAUCCAGGCAUAUAUGGAGAACAAGAGAGAAGGAGGCUGUAUCGCUCCUUGUCUGAAGGACCUCAACAUUAUCCAAAUCAGACACAAAGUCCACCAAAAUGAGGUAGUCUCAGAGAAAAUCGGCAGUACAUGUGCCAACCUCCUGCUCAUGAACCUGUUUUGCCACCUAUGUGCCCCUGUUCCCAUUGCCAGAGUUCACCUUGCUACCCUAUGCCAAACUUGUGGCCCUUGGAUGGAGGGAAGAUGCCACCACUUCAGCAUUUUCAUCGAGAACAACUUCCAUUACACCUAUCACAGCCUUAUGGACAGCCCAACCAUGAUAUUCUACCUCCCUUUCAGGUUCCCUCAUCUAAGAUGCACUAUGGGUUCCCCAUUUCUCAUAAUGAAGAUUCUAUGCAUUAUAACCAUUUCGCAGAUGCAGGAUAUGCCCAUGCUUAUCCACAUUUCUUGCACCCUUCUUAUCUUCCUACACACUGUCCACCUAAUGGUUAUGGUGCCCAUUCCUUUUCCACAUGUAUGUCUUCCUACAACCAACCUGGCAGUCCAUCUCCUCCAAGCUCUGUGUCUCCCAUUGUCCCUUCCUGUUCUGGCCCUCGGAGAAUGAGCGGUGACACCAUGUCAGCAGGCAGCACUGGGGAAUUAACACCACCACAACAACCGAAUGAUGUCACUGACCAUGGAGUGCAAAGAGAUGCCUUCACACUCCAGACACAGAAGUCCACAGGACCAUCACAUGCCAUCAACUCAUCCCCCAUAGCACCUGUACAGAAUCCAAUGCAUCCCAACACUUCAACACAUGCUCAGAGCCUACUUCACCCCACCAGCAAUCCACACAGUCCAGUGAAUGGCCACAACAAUGAUGCCUUUAUGUAUCCUCAGAGCCCUGUGCAUGCGAGUACUCCUAUAAACACAUACUGUCAACCAGUGCAAAAACAGCAUAACCAUGUCCACACCCAAAGUACAGCUGUGCAAACCCAAACCAGCAUUCUUGUGCGCUCUGGUUCCACGUCUUCAGCCGCACAGAGGGUGCCAUUACAAGCAGACCAUUCAAUACAGCCGCAGAGUCAGCCAUUGCUGCACAGUGCUUUGGCAAAACAGAGCUCUGUACAGGGGCAUAGUCCUACGCGGGCACAUGUACAUUUCCACAGUCAGGUGAAUACACAGAGCCCUGUUAUACCAGGUAAUAACUAUAUGCAACAUAAAAGUCCCUCAGUGCAGUGUCAGAGCCCUGACAAGAUGCAUAGUUCACCCAUCCAGAUGUAUAAUGGUGGGAUGUCACAGGAACAGAGGAUGCAAGCACAUACCAUUGCACACACCCAGAGUGUGAACACUCAUUCUUCUUCUCCUGUACAGUCCCAGAGUGUGAACACUCAUCCUCCUCCUGUACAGUCCCAGAGUGUGAACACUCAUCCUCCUCAUGUACAGUCCCAGAGUGUGAACAAUCAUCCUCCUCCUGUACAGUCCCAGAGUGUGAACAAUCAUCCCCCUCAUGUACAGUCCCAGAGUGUGAACAAUCAUCCUCCUCAUGUACAGUCCCAGAGUGUGAACAAUCAUCCCCCUCAUGUACAGUCCCAGAGUGUGAACAAUCAUCCUCCUCCUGUACAGUCCCAGAGUGUGAACACUCAUCCUUCUUCUCCUGUACAGUCCCAGAGUGUGAACAAUCAUCCUUCUCCUGUACAGUCCCAAAGUGUGAACACUCAUCCUUCUGUACAGUUCCAGAGUGUGAACACUCAUCCUUCUCCUGUACAGUCCCAGAGUGUGAACACUCAUCCUCCUUGUCCUGUACAGGGUGAAGUAAAAGCCCCUGCUGCUGUGCAGGCUGUAAGCUCACACUCCCCUUCACACAGUAGUACCAUCCAGACUGUACAGUGCCCCAAUACACAACCCCCUUCACUUAUAAAUUCAUAUAACCACACAGCUCAGACGUCCACCAUUGUACGUACACAGAGCGCACAUACAAGUAACCCCAAGCAGAAUUUAGUCCAUGUGCACAGUCCUGUCAGAACAGAAGCACCGAGUAUGCAGAGCAACAAUGGUACUCACAUGCAGCAUCAGACUGGACAUGCAGAGAGCAGUGCACAGACACACAACACCGUGCACACACAAAUGUCUACCCUGGCACUACACAGUCCAGUUCACAAACAGAGCCCCCAGAUACACAGCACUGUGCGUAUUCAAAGUCCAUCUUUUCAGACAUUUAAAAACCCCUGCAGUCAGGGACCACCUGUACCAAAUAACAGACCGGAGCUUACACACAGUCCCUCUUCACAGCCUUCCAGCCCUGGCACUGCAGACAGGCCUGGCAUCCCAAAUGUUGUUGUUUCAACCUCGGCAUCAGAAGCAUAUUCAGCCACUCCACAGUCCCCAUCACAUAUAACAAAGACCAUCCCUCCGAUCCCUGUAACUCCAACCACAGUGACCGUGGAAAACAACCAUGGACAGGUGUCAGUGAAUCCUGUUUCUCGCCCUACAGAAACAUUUACUUCUCCAUCCAAUCAGUACAAUGUGCCCACUGAAAACAUUUACUCUUCCCCUCCCUCUGCUGUGCCAAUAAACCCUGUUAUACCUUUGAAGAAAAGAAUUACAUUAUCUCUUCCUGACACCCCACUCAACAUCAGCCAUAAAGGGGAAGUCCCUACCAGCCCACCACUUUCUCCAAUGGGAAGCCAGACAGAACUCCUGUCUCCAUCUCCAACCCCAUCAUUCCCUAUCAGCACAGCUUAUUAUUCUGGGAGCCCUUGUCCUCCAAAUGGCCAGCCACCGGUAUUGCCAGAAAAGUGCCAUACUCCAGUUACAGGGGACAAAUCUGGUACUCUUGGAAGACCAAGACAACUACAAGAAGAGAGGUCACCCACAACUAAAGAUGUACCGCAGGAUGUUCCUUUGGCUUACAACUUUGUGCAGGAUUCCUCCAAAUUUUGGUACAAGCCAAGUAUAUCCAGGGAGCAAGCCAUCGCACUUCUAAGAGGUGCAGAGCCAGGAUCCUUCCUGAUUCGGGAUAGUAACUCUUUCCGUGGAGCGUAUGGAUUGGCCCUGAAGGUGUUCAGCCCUCCUCCAAAUGUGCCAACUCAACCAUGCAAAGAUCCCUUGGAACAGCUGGUUCGUCACUUUCUUAUUGAGACAGGACCUAAAGGAGUGAAAAUUAAAGGCUCUCCCAUUGAGCCCCACUUUGGAAGCCUGUCAGCGCUGGUAUCACAGCAUUCGAUAACACCUCUGUCCCUGCCCUGUAGGCUGCGCAUUCCUGAUAAAGAUCUGACUGAACAGACAUCUGAUGUUGUAGUUCCCACUAACAUGAGCACAGCAGCCGACUUACUGCGACAAGGUGCCGCCUGCAGUGUCCUCUAUCUUGGCUCUGUAGAUACUGAAUCUUUGACAGGUCCUCAGGCCAUUUCUAAGGCCUCCACUGCCAUCCUGACCCCACCAAGAUCUAGUGCAACAAAUGUCCAUUUCAAGGUGUCUGACCAGGGUAUCACAUUGACUGACAGCCAGCGCAAGGUCUUCUUUAGAAGGCAUUAUCCUAUAUGCAGUGUAACAUACUGCAGUGCGGACCCGCAGGAUCGCAGGUGGACCAAUCCAGACAGGACAACUUCCAAAGUGUUUGGCUUUGUGGCUCGUAAAGCAGGGACUGCUGCAGAGAACGUCUGUCACCUCUUUGCUGAACUGGACCCAGAACAGCCAGCAUCAGCCAUUGUAAACUUUAUUACCAAAGUCAUGCUUGGCGUACCGAAGAGAUAGAAAGAAGCAUGGAUUAACCAGGAAGUCGAGGACAAGGUCUCGGGAUGUACCAAAAUCCAGUGGGUGGAAAGUAAUAGACAAUCAAAUAGUGCCGAUCCCUCUCUACUUUCCAGAUAAAGACUUCACUCUGCCUCCCUGCACUACACAAAGGACAGAAGAUGGGGAUUGUUGCAUCAAUAGGAGAUAGUUUACGUUUUGACUAUUUGGCUGACAUGCAAUGUAGUCGGAUCUCUUUUUAACUUUUAAACGUGGUUGCUCAUAACAUUUUUGGUUACUCAAAAAAAUCCAAAUGUGAACUGGAUGCAAAUGAGUUGCUGAAUUUUAUGGGCAGUGGGCAGUUUAAAGUCACUUUAUAUAUGUGUUUCCUAGCCAGAUUCAGCAGGAACUGACAAUGUAUUUGGGUAGGAUUGCAGAAUCUUGUCAUAGGAUUCUGUGCUGUCAUGCUUCAGUAUAUGUGGAGAAGUCUGCAAGCUCACUCCUAGCUCCAUUCAGAAGAGGGGGUUACCAGGGCUACAAGGGCCUAGCUAAAGGGGCAGCCUGCUGUACAUUCUACAGGUGGGCUGUGUGCUCUGAGACAUCUUCCAUUCAUGAUUUUCACAUUUUAAUGUACAUGUAACUCCCCAUAACUCUAUCAGCAUAUAUAGACUCAAGUCGAAUGUGGGCUGCUAAGGGAAGAAUGUCUUUGUACAACAGUCAAGACAAAUGCACUGGAUCUACAUUUACUGGAAAUGGCUUGUUUGUGGUCAGAAAUUGAUUUCAGUCUACAUGUUGAAUUCAUAGGUGUGUACCCUAAAACUCAAAAAUCACAUGUGUGUGUCUACAUAUAUAUGGCCCCGAGACAUUGAUCUCUCUGCCGACACAGUGAAAGUUAUGGCAGAGCCAAUAGGAGGAGAUCUUUCCCAUCUUCCUGCUGGCACACACAGCGAUAAUGCUAAUGCGCUUGUGGUAAUUAGAGUGUGCCCAGGCACAUCCGGCACACCUAUGGGUGAAAUUCAAGUAUGGGCCCUGUUACAUUCAAGCUUCUUUAUUAUACCUUACAAGGCUAGUACUGGAUACAAAGGAUAGAGGGACCACUGGUAGCUAUCCUCCACUCUUCCACAGUCCAAAAUCAGGCAUCAACACUGGUGGGCAGAAUCACGCACAAUCAGUGCUCCAGUAGAGUGCAAAGGGCAUUGAUGAUUUGUAAAGCACAAUUAGUUACCAUUCUUAUGUCCUUUUACUGGAUUUAUCAAAUUGGCAAUAGGUCUGUUAGAUUGGGGAAGUUGCUGAACAGAAAGCUACAGCUCUCAGUGAUUGACAUCGGAACGUUAGGUGGACAGAUCAGAAGAAAGUGGAACUCAGAGGAGGACUUAGAGAUGUUAUCUUUGGAGAAAACAGAACAUUGUAAUUCAGAAAAAGAUCAAAGCUCAUCAAGAAAAACAAGAUUUGAAGCUAUAUUGUAAUGCCAGGACAUCUUUUAGCCUGGCUGGGAAUAGUAUAGCAAGGAAGCAUUCAUAAGCUGAAUGUUACUGGAAUGAAGACAAAACAAUAAGAAAAUAGAUGAGAUAGAUCUGUAUACCAGGUCCAUAUUUACCAUAAUGGCACUCAUGGGGGCAGUGCCUGAAGCAGCAGGUAAACCGGGGCAGCAUUAAGUCACAACAGUUACACAAUGUGAUAACAUUUAGGUUAUUUUGUUUCUGUCAUUUGGCCAUUGCUGGGCAUCAGCAAGAGAACCGUCAGAGAAAGUGAUAUCAAGAGGAAUCAGAAGACUUUGUAGUUAGAAAACAGGAACAUAUAUCUGUUUGUUUUGUUUGGUGGUCAGUAGCUCUGUGGAUAAAGCAGACAAAGCCGACUCCAUUAGCACAUUCUAUCAUUAGUUUUUAGUAAGGUGAUCCCAUGACACAUGGGUCGGAAUGUGUCACCGCUCACCGCCUAGGGCAGCAUGAUACAGCGCUGAUAUCAGCAGGAUGAAAGUUCUAUUUUUGCCGUCAAACAGUGAUUUGCUUAUAUGGCCUAAUUCACACCUAUGCAGGUUGUGGUUGAUGCAUUUUCGGGGUGUGUCAUGCACUUUUUCACAUGCGUAUUUGACACAUUUUCAAAAUGUUUUUGGUGCGUUUUGAGCUUUUGUGAAAUGUAUGCCGUCUUGCAGGAGAGACCAGCAAAACCGCACUGCGUUUGCACUGCAGUCUAUAGAACCAAAAACGCAGAACUUGCUGCUGGAAAAAAAAGUCCCUGACCCUUUUCAAAAACCGCACCUGUGGAAAACACAGAGAUGUAAACAUGAUCCAUAGGAAACCAUGUUAAAUGUACUGUAGUGCAUUUCUGGGAAACUGAAAACACUGCAAAAUGCAUAGGUAUAAACCAGGCCUAAGGGAGUGAAGACAUUUUUUAUAGACUGAAGGGAAAGUGUAGUGUGCGUUUAGUGAGCUAUAAGUUAUUGGUAUAAUGUUCACUUUAAUGCAUUCACAUUUCUAUACUAUUUGUAACAUCUUUUAAAAUAUUGCGUUAGAGACAGCAGAUUUAUAGAUGUUUGCCUCUUUUCCUGGCAGUUUUUCUAUGGUAUUAGUAGAUGAUAUAAUAUCUCCAUUACAUAUGGAAUUCUUUGAUUGCUUCAAGUAGGAUUUGCACAGAGAUAGAGACAGUAAAGCCUCGUCCACACGAUCAUUUUUUCUGACAACGAAUGUGUGAUUGAAGGGUUUUGUCGGAUAAUCUGACUGUUUGUACGCUCCAUCGGACAAUUGUUGUCGGAAUUUCUGCCAACAAAUGU